AAAAAAAAUAGUUUUGUCUUGUGUGUGUUUCCAUUUGGUUUUUAGGAAUGAGUGAAACGCGUGAACAAAUUUUGGAAGAAAUUAAAUUACAAGGUGAUUUGGUACGAAAAUUUAAAGCGGCCAAGGAACCCAAAGAAAAGUUUAUUGUAGAUUUCACUGGUAAUUUAGAAUUUAUUGAGAACAAAAAAUGCCCGACUUAUUUGUAAAUACAUUCGUAAAUGCUUCAAGGCUUUUGAACCCGCCCAAAAAGCGUGGUAAACCUAGAGGCAGGAAACCAAAAGCUAAAAAACAGCCAACAACGGUAAUGUAUGAUCCUGCACCACAAACGUCUGUUAAUCCAACACAAUUAGCGCCGCCACUACCACCACAUCUUUACAACGAUUAUGUUAACGAAUAUCAUCAGCAACAGAUACCAUAUCAAAUAGCGACACAGUACAGUUUAGGCUACGAAGAUAUAGCCGGUAUUACUAAGAUGAUGACUAUGGAUAUAACAAAAACCGAACCCAAUGUGGGUCCAAAUAAUUUACAAAAUUCCACCAGCAACAAUACAAACAACGCCAAUGGCAGUAGUAUAACAGCGGCGGCCAAUAAUAACAACAACAAUGGCAGCCAAUUAUGUGCCGGCUGUGGCAAACACAUUCAGGAUCGUUAUUUAUUAAGAGCUUUGGAUAUGCUGUGGCAUGAGGAUUGUCUUAAAUGUGGCUGUUGUGACUGCCGCCUGGGUGAGGUGGGCUCAACGCUGUACACUAAAGGCAAUCUAAUGCUAUGCAAAAGAGAUUAUUUAAGGCUAUUUGGUAAUACAGGUUAUUGUGCUGCUUGCAGUAAAGUCAUUCCGGCAUUUGAAAUGGUUAUGCGUGCCCGCACAAAUGUCUAUCAUUUAGAAUGUUUUGCCUGUCAACAAUGUAAUCACAGAUUCUGUGUGGGUGACCGUUUCUAUUUGUGUGAAAAUAAGAUUUUAUGUGAAUAUGACUAUGAGGAGCGUUUGGUAUUCGCCUCCAUGGCCAAUCAUCCCAUGUUGAAACGUCAUGCCAACUCAAUUGCCCAGGAUACGCCCAAUGGCAAUGCUGGCUCUAACAAUGCCCAAAGCAUGAUGGGUGCCGGCGGCAAUAGUCCUAGAACACCGGGCGAUCACAAUAACAAUGGACCUCAGACUGGACCGGGCAGCAAUUCACCCUUUGGCGCUGGGGCCGGAGCUCAUAUGAAGAAUUCUUUGGGGGCCUCAAGCUAAAAUACAACUAUGCAAAUGGCCAAUUAUCAUAGAAGGCAUUUUUGGUUGAACAGUGGUAAUUACCAAAGAAAAUUUUAAAGAAAACUGACGGCACUCUAAACAAGUGUGGCACCAAGCGAACGAAGAUUAAGCCAAAAUUAUUAUAAAAUCUGAAUAUGUUAAAAAUGGCUUCAUUUUUUUUAAAAAACACUUGUAAAAAAAAUGUGUUAUUUUGUGAUUCUUUAGUUGAAAUAUUCUUUGAAUUAUAUAUUUUUUUAAAACACUUUGGGACAAUAUUUUUAUAUUUUUUUAAUUGUUUUAGUUGAAUUCAAUUAAAAACUAAAAAAACAAACAAUUGUGCCAAAAAAUACUUGAAGAAAAAAAAGAAAAACUUUCCAAUUUUAAAGUCAUCCCCCACCGAUAAUUUGUAAAUUAUUUUUAUAAUUUUUGUGUGUUUUUCUGUACAGUUUUUAAAUGAAAAGUAAUAAUAAUAAACUAAUUAUGUAAAUUAAGUUUUGUUAUAUUCUGUUAAAUAUAAAAUAAAAGACUUGUAAAUGUUUAUUUAAAUUUUUAAGUUAUUUUAGCAAAACAAACAACAAUAUUUUCUGAUAAUUUUAUUAAGACAAAAACCACUGUAAAUAGUUUGAAUUUUUUUAAAGAAAACAAUUUUAACAAAAAAUUAUUACUAACUGCGUUUGGCAGUAAAACAUUUUUGCUCAAAUAUUUUUAAAUCACUUUUUAUUAUUUUUUAAUUUUUUGGUUCUUUUUUUAGAAAAUUUGAAAAUGUUCUUUGAAUAAAAAAAACAUUAGCUGUAAACUAAAUAUUAUAAAAUAAAAUAAAACGAUCUUAUUGUUGAUUAUUUCUUAAGUUUAGUUUAGUACGAGGCUAAUUUAUAUAAUUUAAACUUUCUUAAACAUUUAGUAAUUGAUUGAUUGGCUGAUUGAUUGAUGCUUGAUUAAAAUUGCACAGGGCGUCAAACAUUUUGAUCUGCGGUGUAACUUUUUGCAUGCAAUUUAGUUAAAUGACAUAAUGGAGCAGAGCUUUAUGCCUAUGAAUUACUUUUAUUGAAAUUAGAAGUCAUUUAUAGGCUGAGUUCUUCAUUAAUAUUUGUAUUGAAAUUAUGACUUAUAAAUCCUGUGCCGCAGAAUCAGUGUUGCAAGCCUCAGUGUUAUUGAAUGUGUUAAGAAAGCGUGUAUGUAUGUUUGAUAAUAAACCCCCUAUUUGUAACACAAUUAUUUAAUUUUAUACUCUCUGUUUUAAAAUUUUUCUAUCAGUACUAUUUUAUUUUUUCAAAUAACCGUAAAAAAUCAUAAAUAAAUUUAUUCAAAAACUAAAUUGCUUAAAUUAAGUUAAAAAAUUACAAAAAAUAAACCUACAAAAUUUACUACAUUUAAAUAUUAAAAAAAAGAAUACAACAAAUAAAAAUAUAUACAAAAGUAAAAAAAGAACAACCAAAGUUAUUAAUAUUAAAUAUUUAUAAAUAUAAAUGUAUUAAUAAAUUUAACUUACAUACACAUACUUGUCAAAUCAAAAUAUUGUAUUACAUUCUUACUAUAUAAAUAUUAAAAAACAAUAUAAAUUAAAAACAAAAAAAAUUAUAAAAAAUACAAAAAAAGAAAGAAAAAUAUUACUGAAACAUGAAAAAAGGAAAUGAAGAAGAAAUUUAACAUAAAUAAAAUUUAAACUAGAAAAUUGAAAAAAAUAAA